AUGUCUACUGCACGUCCGCGUCCAAGGCCACGUCCAGUGGCAAAGCCUAAGACUGCAUCGUCGACAACAGUCGACCCAAAUUCAACACCAUCUCCAGUGCAACCCUCCUCUUCUACGAGCACAACGCAAAAUCCUAUUGCAGGGAACAAGUUAGAUGACGAAGAUUCUAUAUUCUUGCGUAAUCGCGGAAGAACCUCUCAAUGCUGGAACAAGCUUCGGGCAAUGACAAAGGACACUCCGUCCGACAAAGCUGAUGAGGACGACCUCGAUUGGGGUGAACAAACUGAACCGGAAUCUACCCCGAGGCAUCGCAAGAAGAAAUCAAAUAAACAGCAUGAAUUGCCUCGGUGGCAAACGGUGGACAUAGUUACUCUCCUUUCUUCAGAUAACGAAGAAGACGAUUUUGAAAUUACGGAAAACACACCAAGGAUCUCUUCUAACGAUUCGCCCCCCCGAAAACGAAAAAGAGACCGUAGCCGCUCGAAAUCUAUUACGCCACCCCCGCAACUUCCCAUACACCAACUCAAUAAUGCAAGGGCAUUGGUCAGACAAGCGCUUGCUGUUGCACCACCUCGGGCCCCGUCACCAAUUGAAAUUCCCGAUGACCCAACGGACACCUCUGACUUGAAUCCAGAACUCGCAAAAAUUGCCGAGGAAGUUCGUAGAAGGGCUGUAACAACCAAGAACAUGCCAGAACAAGGCGGCGGCCCUGAGCUAGUUAUCAUCAAGGUUCGAUGGCAGCCUCAUCCACUGAAUACAGCUGGCGCAAAGGAUGUUUGGAACUUUAAAAUGAAAAGACAUGACACAUUCCAGUACUUGUUUGAGGAGUUAGCAGACUUGGCCGCCGUCUUGGUAGACCAUCUUGUCGUCAGUCAUGAUGGAAAGCGUUUGUUUGCUUCAGGCACACCUCACAGUCUUCGAAUUUGGGCAGAAGGAGAGCUCGAAGCAUGUGAUCAAACAACUUGGGAUUACGUACGUGCUCAACGCCAUCAACAGGCUCCAAAGGCCGCUCAGUCGUCAAAGAAUUCACCGUCUCCGGAAAGAGAAUCAGACCCAGAGUCGGAAGCCGAGUCCACUGGCGGUGACAAAAUCAAACUGGUACUCAGAUCCGCGGCUACCGAGGAAAAUGUUAAUCUUACAGUCCGACCUACAACAACGUGUGGAGCCAUCGUGAAAGCGUUUCUCAAGGCAGCCGGUCUAUCCGAUCAAUAUCCUAUUUCUUCUUCAAAGGACAAGCAGACAGCACAAGCGAUACCUCAGCUAAUGGUUGACGGUGACAAGAUGGCAGAUGACAUGGAAAUCGGAGAGGCAGAUCUAGAUGAUGGAGAUCUGGUCGAAGUUGUCGGAUUGUGA